CUCUCCAAAAUGAAAUUGUGGAGAACACAACCACACGCUGCAGCACCUCACUCCCCCCGACUUCUGAAAAUCGCUUCUCCCAGCAAUCCGGGAGCGUAAUCGUGUGAAACCACUGAAAUGGGACUCGGUCAACUCGCUUCUCGGGCCCUUUUGCGAUCUACCGGGCUCACGGCCUCCAAACCCCAUCGCCUCCUCCUCCGUCGCGCCGUCGUCUCCACGCCGGAGCUUCACAACUCCGAAGCAGCUGCUGUGGAGGCUCCGCCUGAACCAGAUCUCCCGAAGAGGACUCCUGUGGCUGGCGCUAGGGUCCACUUCCCCAACCCGGAUGACGCCAUCGAGGUGUUCGUCGAUGGGUACCCGGUCAAAAUCCCUAAGGGAAUGACAGUGCUUCAGGCCUGCGAGGUCGCCGGUGUUGAUAUCCCGAGGUUUUGUUAUCACGACCGCCUCUCCAUCGCCGGAAACUGCCGCAUGUGCCUUGUCGAGGUCGAGAAAUCGCCCAAGCCGGUCGCCUCCUGCGCCAUGCCAGCUCUCCCAGGAAUGAAAAUCAAGACUGAUACACCUCUUGCAAAGAAGGCAAGAGAAGGGGUGAUGGAGUUUCUUUUGAUGAAUCAUCCACUGGACUGCCCAAUUUGUGAUCAGGGAGGAGAGUGCGAUCUCCAGGAUCAGUCUAUGGCUUUUGGUUCUGAUCGAGGUCGUUUUACUGAAAUGAAGAGAUCAGUAGUUGAUAAGAACCUUGGCCCAUUGGUGAAGACUGUGAUGACUCGGUGUAUCCAGUGCACAAGAUGUGUGAGGUUUUCAACAGAAAUAGCUGGUGUCCAAGAUCUCGGCAUGUUGGGUCGUGGCAGUGGAGAAGAAAUUGGAACCUAUGUAGAAAAACUUAUGACAAGUGAAUUGUCGGGGAAUGUGAUAGAUAUUUGUCCUGUCGGCGCUCUGACAUCAAAGCCUUUUGCCUUUAAAGCCCGUAACUGGGAGCUAAAGGGAACAGAGAGCAUUGAUGUCACAGAUGCAGUUGGUUCAAAUAUUCGCAUUGAUAGUAGAGGUCCUGAGGUCAUGAGGAUUCUGCCACGAUUGAAUGAGGACAUUAAUGAAGAAUGGAUAUCAGAUAAAACACGUUUCUUCUAUGAUGGUCUUAAGAGGCAAAGGCUAAAUGAUCCCAUGAUCCGCGGUGCAGAUGGACGCUUUAAGGCUGUGAGCUGGCGUGAUGCACUGGCAGUGGUCGCUGAGGUCAUUCACCAAGUUAGGCCACAGGAAAUUGUUGGAGUUGCUGGUAAGCUGUCUGAUGCAGAAUCUAUGAUGGCACUGAAGGACUUCUUAAAUAAGAUGGGGUCAAAUAACAUCUGGUGUGAAGGAAAUGGCCCAAGUCCAAAUGCUGACCUGCGUUCUGGAUAUAUUAUGAACACUAGCAUCAGUGGAUUGGAGAAAGCAGAUGUUUUCCUUUUAGUUGGUACACAGCCAAGGGUAGAAGCUGCCAUGGUGAAUGCCAGAAUUCGGAAAACAGUUCGAGCAACUAACGCUAAGGUUGGUUACAUCGGCCCAUCAGCUAAUUUCAACUACGAUCACGAACAUCUUGGCACAGGCCCUGAAACACUAACUGAACUUGCUGAGGGACGCCAUCCAUUCUGUUCUGCCCUAUCAAAUGCUAAGAACCCUGCCAUUAUUAUUGGGGCUGGAAUAUUCGGACGGAAGGACAAGGAUGCAAUUUUCUCAGUCGUCGAGACAAUUGCCAAAAAUAUAAAUGCAGUACGACCUGAUUGGAAUGGGCUCAAUGUGCUGCUGCUUAAUGCUGCCCAAGCUGCUGCUCUGGACCUUGGGCUUGUGCCAGAGUCGGACAAAAGCAUUGAAUCUGCCAAGUUCAUCUACUUGAUGGGUGCUGACGAUGAGAACGUGGAUAAACUCCCUGAUGAUGCUUUUGUGGUUUACCAAGGUCACCAUGGUGAUCGUGGUGUGUAUCGUGCCAAUGUAAUUUUACCAGCAUCAGCUUUCACUGAGAAAGAAGGCACAUAUGCAAAUACAGAGGGGUGUGCUCAAACGACCGUACCUGCAGUCCCAACAGUCGGCGAUGCCCGGGAUGACUGGAAAAUAAUUCGGGCAUUGUCCGAGGUGGCAGGUGUUCCUCUGCCAUACGACACACUCAGUGGUAUUAGAUCCCGAAUAAGGACUGUGGCACCCAACCUUUUGCAUGUUGACGAGAGAGAGCCUGCUGCAUUUUCAAGUGCUUUCUUGAGACCUGAGGUCAAGGACAAGCCAGAUAAGGCUCCUUUUGAAACUGCUGUCGACAACUUCUAUAUGACAGACUCAAUCACUAGGGCAUCAAAGAUCAUGGCACAAUGCAGUGCAUUGUUGUCGAAGAAGUGAUAACUGGAUUUCGACACUUUUGAAUAAGUUGUGGGUAGUCGCCAUCGCAAGUGGAGUUCUUCCUUCUGGAACAAUCGUAUUGACAUUAGCAUAUAUGUGGAGUGAACAGAAGAUAAGAGUUCAAGGAUGUGAUUAAGCAUGUGGUCCAAGAACAAGUAUGGGCAUCCAUACAUCACUGCUUUCAAUUAAAGGUGUCCUUAUUAGAUAGAUAUAUUAAUGCUCAUGACACGGUUUGAGGAACAGGUGGUGAUGUUGAUGUCAUGAUGCAUUGCAUGCAUGUACAUCCCAAGAGACAUUGUAGUAGUUGGAGUUUCAAUAAUGUAUGUAUGUAUGCAUGUAUGUGCAUACUCUUCCAUAUAA